AUUGCAUGGGAGGGGUGACGUCGCGCUGUUCCCUGAAUCCAGACGAGACAGAGUUCCCCGUCGAGAGAGUCUGAAUGCCGGCUCAAGGCACCUGGACUAGCUGAGGAUUUGUAUUCAUCUACUGAGCGACUUCUGAGAUCGGGUUUACCUCGCAACACCGUUUCCAGUAGAUAUGAGCGGCACCGGGCGGCAAAGGACUAGCUCGUUCGCCGAGCCGCCGGGAGGACCUGGAGUUAACGGCGGAUCUAGUACUGCCGCCGUUGGGGGCGCUGCAGGAAAGGCCGGCGCAUCGCAGGCCGCAGCUGGUAGCUCGUCCGGCUCCGGCUUUGGAAACCUAAAGUUGGGAAGAGACAGUGGAAAGGUGACAACAGUAGUGGCCACGCCUGGCCAGGGCCCUGAUCGCCCACAAGAAGUAUCCUACACUGAUAUAAAAGUGAUCGGGAAUGGCUCAUUUGGAGUGGUCUACCAAGCUCGGCUUGUUGAUUCUGGAGAGAUGGUAGCUAUUAAAAAAGUGUUACAGGAUAAAAGGUUUAAGAAUCGUGAAUUGCAGAUUAUGAGGAAGCUGGACCACUGUAACAUUGUUCGGUUACGCUAUUUUUUCUAUUCCAGUGGAGAAAAGAAAGAUGAGGUGUACUUGAAUCUGGUGCUCGACUUUGUUCCAGAAACAGUGUACCGAGUGGCUCGGCACUUUAUCAAAGCAAAAACGACCAUCCCUGUUAUUUAUGUCAAGGUGUAUAUGUAUCAGCUAUUCCGAAGUUUAGCAUACAUUCACUCACAAGGUGUUUGUCAUCGGGACAUAAAGCCACAGAAUCUGCUGGUAGACCCAGAAACAGCCGUCCUUAAGCUAUGUGAUUUUGGCAGUGCAAAGCAGCUGGUUCGAGGAGAGCCAAAUGUGUCCUAUAUCUGUUCACGCUAUUACCGUGCUCCAGAGCUCAUCUUUGGAGCUACAGACUAUACUUCUAAUAUAGAUAUCUGGUCGGCAGGUUGUGUGCUAGCAGAGUUGCUGCUAGGCCAGCCAAUCUUCCCUGGGGACAGUGGAGUGGACCAGCUUGUUGAAAUUAUUAAGGUUUUGGGGACCCCUACAAGAGAGCAGAUACGAGAAAUGAACCCCAACUAUACAGAAUUUAAAUUUCCACAGAUUAAAGCACACCCUUGGACAAAGGUAUUUAAGCCUCGAACUCCACCAGAAGCCAUUGCACUGUGUUCACGUCUGUUGGAGUACACGCCUGUUACUCGUCUCUCACCUCUUGAAGCCUGUGCACAUUCAUUCUUUGAUGACCUGAGGGAACCAAUGGCCCGGUUGCCUAAUGGUAGAGAGCUACCUAAUCUGUUCAACUUCAGUCCUGUUGAGAUGUCUAUUCAGCCGCAGCUGAACUCAGUCCUCAUUCCUCCUCAUGCACGUUCACAGACUGCUGCCACAUCCUCGCAUGGGGAAGGCAGUUUAGCUGCAGACAGCGGUUCAUCUCCAUCCAACAGUGCAUCAGGACCUGUCGCCAAUACCUCCUGAGUUUAGAGACCUCAUCAUGAGUCUUCUGUUCCCCUCCAUUGUGUUCAAUCUGCUGUCCACAUGUAUCUAGCUAUGUCUUACUCCUCCAUCCUGCUGUCUGUCUGGCCCCUUUCAUGAACAGGCAGGAGCUACAGCAGCAAGCUUUUUCUCUGCCAGUUAUCAAGGGGCGCUUUGAGCAACACAGGGAGAUCUCCCAUAGCCAAACCUGAAGUUUCUGUGAAAAGCACAGGAACUGAACACCAAGGGGCAUUUUGAACACAGGAACUGAACUUGGCUGUCACCUCAGUUGCCAUCAUGUGUUACUGUUGUGUUGGCAUAAACGGGGGAGGAGACUUAUUUUUUCUUUUUUUACAGUCAGUUGUAAGUGUAUAAAUAUAAUUUUUUUUAAACAAAAGGUAUGGUGAUUGUUGCAUUUUGGAAAUGUAUAUUUUGUUUAUUUAUUUGUUUUAUAUAUAUAUAUAAUUAUAUAUCUUUGAAUCUUUGAUCUGUAGAUUUAUUAGAUGAUGGGGACCCAGUUCCAGUGUAUUUUCUGAGACUGUAGGGAGUGCCACUAUAUAUUCUGUAGAUCUGAUCAUUUUGAGUCAAAAUGUAGCAGAUGCUGGUGAUAGUCUGAAUUCUGUUGCUUCUUAUGCCUACCCUGGCAAUACCGAGUUCAGGCAUUCAGCAGACUGUCUGUAUAAUGCACUACAGAUUGGACUGCAGUAAAAUUACGCCGAGUUUAGUUGAUAGAGACCAGUGCCUUGAUUGAGCUGUGCUGCCAGAAUGAGGUUCCACAGGUUCAUGAAUAUGUUUUACAUAUCAUAGGCCUUUGUCUUAGCACCUCUUUACCUGGCAGAUUCAUAUUGUAUUGUGCUGUAUUUAAAUAAUGUGCUGGCAAAGCAGUCUGAUCAGGCAUUGGAAUGAUAAAAGCAACAUUUCAGUCAAUAAUUUUUUUUAUCCGGUGAUAUUACCCACCCACUCUCUGUUUGUCCCUUUAAAAAAAUAGCCAUUGUCUUUGUUUUCAUCUGUUUUACUACUUGAUCUGAGAACCCAUCUCUGGAUUGAUUCAAGAGAUUUUGUGUAAGUUUUACUAAAUCCAGACAUUUAUUCGUCCCCUGCUUUUUCCCCAAAUUAAAAAAAAAAAUGUAUGAUAUUAGGUGUGGGUUUCCACAUCCAUAUGUGCAGCAAUCAGCUAUAUUUCUUUCACGUAUAGGCUUUUAUUUGAUAAGCUAAAAUUUUAUCUUUUCACUCUUGUAAAUGCUUGCUGUAAUAUAAGUGUAAUAUGCUAUGUCACAAAGAAAUGUCGUGCAGCUGUUGGGAGCGUUUAAUGCUAGUUUAAUAGACAGUUGCAGGCUUGCUUUAGUUAGAAAUUUAUAUCCAAUACAAAAUUUUGUUUGUAGAUCAGCCUUUGGAGCUGAAUACAGUUUUCCCUUUUUAUCCUUGCUGAGGAUUUUAUGGUUUUAAGUUGCACAAAUGCUUGAAUUUUUGUUGUAGAGCGUGACUUUUAUGGAGAAGCUAAGAAACUGUCUUCCUAGUAAUUACAUUUCUGCAUUAAUAAGUGUUCCCUACUGACAAUUGCAAGUUUCUUGCCCACUGAAGGAAUUAUUUGUGCAGAAAUUAUGUAUCUGUGGAUGCAAAAGAGUCUUAUAUUUUCCUUGGUUAAAAAAAUAUAUAACCAAACCUAUACA